UUGUGCUCCCUCUCUUGCUUGGCUGGACAGCCGGCACAAGUGUCAGAAUUUGUGCCUUAUGGACCGGUGGCUUCUAAAGGAUUUUAAGAAUGGCGCGGAGAAAGAAUUCUGAGUCCAUAGGAAAUGAUAGUGAAUUUAGGGAUAACUACAUUGAGGAGCCCGACUUCAGUGACCCGGAGGAUUUUGAAGAUGACAUAGACAAUGAAGAACUUCUGGGAGAUGUGCUCCAUCUCAAGCCGAAGGAGACAGGGGGAUUUGACUCCAUCAUUGUGGUGGAUGGAAUUCCACGGGUGGCCAAAGAGGAGAAAAAAGCGGGCUCGGAUGAGAAAACUCGGCUAGAAAAGCUCCAGAACAUCGUCAGGAAAAUAUACACCAACUACGGCACCAUCACCAACGAGUUCUGGCCCAUCGACUCGGACAACAAGACAAAGGGGUACGUCUUCUUCGAGUACAAGCGGCCAGAGCAGGCGGCUGAGGCGGUGCAGGCUACCAAUGGUCACAAGCUGGACAAGGCUCACACAUUCGUCGUCAAUCUCUUCACCGACUUCGAGAAGUACGAGGGCAUCCCCGAGGACUGGCAGCCGCCAGAGCCGCUGCCCUACCCGGACCUGGGCAACCUGCAGUACUUCCUGGAGGAACCGGAGUGCUUCAACCAGUACUCGAUCCUGUCGGAGGCGGGCUUUUCGGCCGCCAUCUACUCCAACUCGCAGCCGGACCCGACGCUGAUCGAGGAGCGCAAGAAAUGGACGGAGAAGUACCUCAAGUGGUCGCCGCUGGGCACGUACCUAGCCACGCUGCACGCCCGGGGGGUGGCGCUGUGGGUGGGCGAGAAGUUCGACCAGUUCAAGCGCUUCCUGCACCCCGGCGUCGAGUUCAUCGACUUCUCGCCGUGCGAAAAGUACCUGGUGACGUUCUCGCCGAUGGCGGAGAGCCACGGCCCGCCAGGCGCCCACGCCAUCAUCGUGUGGGAGGUGCUCACCGGCCUGGAGAAGCGCUCGUUCUCGGCCGACCGCUCCGCCACCGUCUGGCCGGCGCUCAGGUGGAGCCACAACGACAAGUACUUCGCCCGGCUGCAGCGCGUCGACCGCAAGGACGGCCCCGUCGAGACCAUCAGCAUCUACGAGACGCCGUCGUGCGGCCUGCUGGACAAGAAGUCGCUGGAGGUGCCGGGCGUGCGCGACUUCAGCUGGUCGCCGUCCGACACCAUCAUCUCCUACUGGGUCGGCGAGGUGAACUACGGAGAGACGCCGGCCAGGGUCACCCUGCUCAAGAUUCCCAGUCGCGAGGUGAUCCGCACCAAGAACCUGUUCUCCGUGAUCGACCUCAAGAUGCACUGGCAGAGCUCGGGCGAGCACCUGUGCGUCAAGGUGGACCGCUACAACCGCGCCAAGAAGGAGAAGGACGACACCAUCAAAUACGUGGGCGUGCACUACAACUUCGAGAUCUUCCACCUGCGGGAGAAGAACGUGCCGGUCGACUCGAUGGAGAUCAAGGACAAGAUCAUGGCGUUCGCCUGGGAGCCGGUGGGCUCCAAGUUCGCCAUCGUCACCGCCGUCGGCAACUCGUUCAACGUCUGCUUCUACUGCGUCAAGAGCGGCACGGAGCCGGCACUGCUGAAGACGCUGGAGAAGAAGGCUUGCAACCACCUUUGGUCGCCGCGCGGGCAGCACGUGAUCCUGGCCGGCCUGCUCAACAUGAACGGCGUGUUCGAGUUCGUCGACACCAACGACUUCACGGUGAUGGGCUCCGGCGAGCACUUCAUGUGCACGGACGUCGAGUGGGACCCGACCGGGCGGUACGUCUUCACGGCCGUCUCCUGGUGGGGCCACAAGGUGGACAACGGCUUCUGGCUGUGGACGUUCCAGGGCCGCGUCACGCACCGUCACAACGUGGACCGGCUGUGUAACGUGCAGUGGCGGCCGCGGCCCAAGUCGCUGCUCUCGGAGCGCCAGAUCAAGAACAUCAAGAAGAACCUGCAGAAGUAUGGCGCUCAGUUCGACAUCAAGGACAAGAUGCGCGCUAGCCGCGCGUCUAAGGAGCUGAUCGAAGGACGCCAGAAGCUGGUGAAGGAGUUCACCGAGUACCGCGCCCAGUGCAUCGAGGAGUGGAAGAAGCAGAAGCCGCGCCGGCUGGAGCUACGCGGCGGCGUCGACACCGACUCGCUGCAGUCGAGCGGGGGCGACAUGGAAGAAGAAAGUGUGGAACUGAUCGUCAAGAAGGAAGUUACCAUCAUCACUUAGCCCGCAGUGGUGCCGUCGCGUCGUGCCGCCCGCCCCUUCGCGCUCUCGCCCCGGUGACGGUGCCCGGGUGACGGGCUUUCGCGUCGCGUCGCGUCGCUUCCGUGGGGCGAGCCACCGGCGCCGGCCGCCGCCGCCGCCGGCGCCGCCGCCCUGGUGAUGGGAGAAUUCUCGGUGGGCUGCCCUAGAGCUAAUAAAAUGCUUUUCC